AUGAUCCCGGACGUGCAGCUCCAUCUUCGCCAACAUGCAGGGGUGUCGCUCUUCUUGCUUGUCGUCCUCUAUCACUACGUGGCUGUCAACAAUCCCAAGAAGCAGGACCGAGAGCGGCGCUCUCUCAGCCAGGGUCCCAGGACCUAG